AUGGAAAAGGUUGCACAGUGGGCCGGUGUGAUGGACCAUGAGACAGGACAAGAAGAGAAAACCCAGGCAGAUGAGAGAACGGGGAGAAUCUCAUCGGACCUGUGCAGCGAGAGUUUGGACCUGAGUGCAGAACAGGAUAACUCAGAGCUGGGCAAAAGAAACAAGAAGACCAAAAAAACAUUCAUGCCCAGGCUGUCUGUGGAAAUGCAAGUGAUAGAGCCUGUGGAUACUGCAGAAUUCAUGAACGCAGCCAGUGAGUGCAAACUGGAUAUCAUAGACAGGUAUCUGGCAGAUGGUGGGAACCCAAAUGCCCACGAUGAGCUGAAGAGGACAGCACUCCACCGCGCCUGCCUGGAAGGACAUGCUCCAGUUGUCCAAAUGCUUUUAGGAAAAGGAGCUGAUAUCAACUCCAAAGAUCAACUGGGCUCUGGGGCCAUACACUGGGCCUGCAGAGGGGGAAACCUGACGGUUGUCGAAGUCCUGAAGAGCCACGGGGCUGAUCUUAAUGUUAGAGAUAAGUUGCAUAGCACACCUCUGCAUGUUGCCACGAGAACAGGCCACACCUCUAUUGUGGAAUACCUGCUGUCUUGUGGGGCCUUAAUCAACUCCAGGGACAGGGAAGGUGACACAGCCCUGCACGAUGCAGUGCGUCUCAACAGAUACAAGAUAGUGAAGCUGCUCAUAGUUGCAGGAGCUGACACAAAAAUAAAAAAUCAUGAAGGACUGACAGCAGUGCAGCAGGUAAAACAAUGGCAGUUUGACAUCGUGGAGACCCUGCAGAGGCUUGAGAAACUAAGGAAGGUGGGAGUACUGUCGCCUUCUAACAACUCAGGGGAGGAGUGAACAGUGCAGCACAAAGCUGUGCAUCUGUGCAAGGAUCACCUCAGUUUACAUUGCAACUGAGUGGUUACAGU